CUUGCUAGUUAGGCUUGACUUCGGCUUUCUCCACUGUGCGUCGCUUCCAUCAUCCACCGCCCUUCUCUCUCUCUCUCCCCUCGCCUCUCUCGCCGGCGACGUCGAUCGUCGGAGCCAUGGCAAGCGGCGAGCUGCGGUACGAGAUCGCUCAGAACGCCUACAUAAAGCUCGUCCUCCACGCCCUGAAGCACAAGACCGCCGCCGUCAACGGCGUCCUCCUCGGCCGCCACUCCGAUCGGGGCGAGGCCGUCGAGGUCCUCGACGCCGUCCCCCUCUUCCACUCCCGCCUCGGCCUCCUCCCCAAUCUCGAGAUCUCCCUCCUCCUGAUAGAGGAGUAUUAUGGAUCGAAAGGGAUGAGCAUAGUGGGGUACUUUCAUGCGAACGAGAGGUACGAUGAUUCCGAGCUUGGUGGCAUUGCUAGAAAUAUUGGAGACCACAUCUUUCGUUACUUUCCGCCGGCCGCAGUACUUCUGUUAGAUAAUAAGAAGCUCGUGGCUUUGUCGAACGGGAAGGAUCGGUCUCCUGUCAUGCAGCUUUACACACGGGAUUCAUCUAAGAACUGGAAGUUAGUCUCAUCAGAUGGAAGUAACCGGUUAAUUACCAAGGAGCCAUCUGCAAAUGUGGUCCUGUUGGAUUACAUGUCAUCUGGAAAAUGGCAAGAUGUUGUCGACUUUGAUGACCAUCUUGAUGACAUAAGCAAGGACUGGCUGAAUCCAGAUCUGUUCAAGUGACCAUUUGGGAUUUCUGGGCUUUCACUGUCCACUAGUUGGCGCCAGGGUUCACCUCUGCUGUCCGCAUGGAGGAGCACAAGAGAAGAUCUAGCUUCACCGAGUGCCCUUUCUUUUGCAAAUCAAAAACCCUCUUUCUAGAAUUAGUAAGAGAAUCCAUUAUAUCCCGUCCCCAUUUUUGUUGUCACUUCCCUUCCCCAUUUUAGGUUUGUCCAAGAGAUGACAAGUAUUUGUUUCUUAUAUAACUCCAACGCAUGGUUCAUCAUCGGUAGAGUAUGAAGUUGUUAUUGGUAAAA